AUGUCACAGGCUGCACCAGACCCUUACACAGGCCAGCUGCCGUGCCAGGGAGAGAGCCCAGCUGACCAGUACACACCCGGACGCCGGGGGCCAAGAACAGGAGCCGCAGCUGCAACAAGCAAGAGGGUGGGCGCGAGCAAGCCCACACCGCUCAGCAAGCACACCCCGAUCAGCAAGCUCACCCGGCUCAGCAAGCCCACACCGCUCAGCAAGCACACACCGCUCAGCAAACCCACCCCGCUCAGCAAGCCCACCCCGCUCAGCAAGUACACCCCGCUCAGCAAGCCCACCCCGCUCAGCAAGUACACCCCGCUCAGCAAGCCCACCCCGCUCAGCAAGCACACGCCUCAAGAGGCAGUGAAUGUCACAACCCUGCACGAGGUGUCCUCAGCCCUGCACGAGGUGUCAGCCCUGCACGAGGUGUCCUCAGCCCUGCACGCUGUGUCCUCAGCCCUGCACGAGGUGUCCUCAGCCCUGCACGCUGUGUCCUCAGCCCUGCACGCUGUGUCCUCAGCCCUGCACGCUGUGUCCUCAGCCCUGCACGAGGUGUCCUCAGCCCUGCACGAGGUGUCCUCAGCCCUGCACGAGGUGUCAGCCCUGCACGAGGUGUCCUCAGCCCUGCACGCUGUGUCCUCAGCCCUGCACGAGGUGUCCUCAGCCCUGCACGCUGUGUCCUCAGCCCUGCACGCUGUGUCCUCAGCCCUGCACGCUGUGUCCUCAGCCCUGCACGAGGUGUCCUCAGCCCUGCACGAGGUGUCCUCAGCCCUGCACGCUGUGUCCUCAGCCCUGCACGCUGUGUCCUCAGCCCUGCACGCUGUGUCCUCAGCCCUGCACGAGGUGUCCUCAGCCCUGCACGCUGUGUCCUCAGCCCUGCACGAGGUGUCCUCAGCCCUGCACGCUGUGUCCUCAGCCCUGCACGCUGUGUCCUCAGCCCUGCACGCUCAAGCUCUGCAGAGCCUGCAGAGCUUGAGUGAUUUAAGGAGCCGGGAUUCGAACCCAGGAAGUGGAGGUAACAUGGGUCAGUCAGCUGACCUGUACUCUGGUGGCACUGUGCCAGCUGACCUGUACUCUGGUGGCACUGUGCCAGCUGACCUGUACUCUGGUGGCACUGUGCCAGCUGACCUGUACUCUGGUGGCACUGUGCCAGCUGACCUGUACUCUGGUGGCACUGUGCCAGCUGACCUGUACUCUGGUGGCACUGUGCCAGCUGACCUGUACUCUGGUGGCACUGUGCCAGCUGACCUGUACUCUGGUGGCACUGUGCCAGCUGACCUGUACUCUGGUGGCACUGUGCCAGCUGACCUGUACUCUGGUGGCACUGUGCCAGCUGACCUGUACUCUGGUGGCACUGUGCCAGCUGACCUGUACUCUGGUGGCACUGUGCCAGCUGACCUGUACUCUGGUGGCACUGUGCCAGCUGACCUGUACUCUGGUGGCACUGUGCCAGCUGACCUGUACUCUGGUGGCACUGUGCCAGCUGACCUGUACUCAGAAUUCAGGUAA